UGGCUGAGGUGGUGGGGAGGGCAGGGUCUCGGGGAGCGUAGGAAGGGCGGGGACCCGGAUGUGUGUGGUGGCGGCGGCCGAAGAGCUAGUGUGCGGAGCUGAGAGGCCUAUGGAUGAGGAGGACGCGGCGGCCCCGCUUUGUUCUCAUGAACAAGAUGGAUGACCUCAACCUGCACUACCGGUUUCUGAAUUGGCGCCGGCGGAUCCGGGAGAUUCGGGAGGUCCGGGCUUUCCGAUAUCAGGAGAGGUUCAAGCACAUUCUUGUAGAUGGAGACACUUUGAGUUACCAUGGAAACUCUGGUGAAGUUGGCUGCUACGUGGCUUCUCGACCCCUGACCAAGGACAGCAAUUAUUUUGAGGUGUCUAUUGUGGACAGUGGGGUCCGGGGCACCAUUGCUGUGGGGCUGGUCCCUCAGUACUACAGCUUGGAUCACCAGCCUGGCUGGUUGCCUGACUCUGUAGCCUACCAUGCUGAUGAUGGCAAGCUGUACAAUGGCCGAGCCAAGGGCCGCCAGUUUGGGUCAAAGUGCAACUCUGGAGACCGAAUUGGCUGCGGCAUUGAGCCAGUGUCCUUUGAUGUGCAGACUGCUCAGAUCUUCUUCACCAAAAAUGGGAAGCGGGUGGGCUCCACCAUCAUGCCCAUGUCCCCAGAUGGGCUGUUCCCUGCAGUGGGCAUGCAUUCCCUGGGUGAGGAAGUGCGGCUGCACCUCAAUGCUGAGCUGGGCCGUGAGGAUGACAGUGUCAUGAUGGUGGACAGUUAUGAGGAUGAAUGGGGCCGGCUGCAUGACGUCAGAGUCUGUGGAACUCUACUGGAGUACUUGGGCAAGGGCAAGAGCAUUGUUGACGUGGGUCUGGCCCAGGCCCGGCACCCACUGAGCACCCGUAGCCACUACUUCGAGGUGGAGAUCGUGGACCCAGGAGAGAAGUGCUACAUCGCCUUGGGGCUGGCCCGCAAGGAUUAUCCCAAGAACAGACACCCUGGCUGGAGCAGAGGGUCUGUGGCUUAUCAUGCAGAUGAUGGGAAGAUCUUCCAUGGCAGUGGCGUGGGGGACCCCUUUGGCCCACGCUGUUACAAAGGGGAUAUUAUGGGCUGUGGAAUCAUGUUCCCUCGAGACUACAUUCUGGACAGCGAGGGUUUUCUUCACUCGGAAUGGCAAGAUCAUUGGGAAGAAGGAUGCAGUUGUACCUUCUGGGGGCUUCUUCCCUACCAUUGGAAUGCUGAGCUGUGGAGAGAAAGUCAAAGUGGAUCUGCAUCCCUUGAGUGGCUAGGGGCUUCUCCCCUAGACCUGCCCCUUUUCCCUCUCCUCACCCUUGCAGAGCCAGGUACCCACUUCCUGACUUCCCUGAGGAUUUGUUUACCUGGCAGGCCCUGGGGCNGGGGGGGCAUAGUCACUCUGCCCCUGCCAGAUCAGGUCCCUGCCAAGCUCGUCUGUGCCCACGUUUCUGACCUGGUGCAACCUCUCUUAUCAGUCCCUGGGCCCGAGUUCCUGGUUGGACAGGAUCAGGCCCAAAGAAUGGUGUUGCUCAGUGGUGGGUCUCAUUGCUUUGGCCAGUGGGCUCCUACAUUCACCUUUGCCCACUGGCCCAUGUGAGUGGAGAGGAGUGAGCACCCUGUCUCAGCUGCUAUUUGGGCAUGAGGCUUUACAGAGUGGAGGAGAGACAACCCCUCCCUGUUUACUGCAGUAUUUUUCCUUGUAUUUUCUUUUUGUUCUCUGUUCCAUCGUGUAAACCAGUUGCUGCUGUCAUCCCCCCUAGCUGGGCUAGGGAGGCUCUUUUUGCCCCCGUCUCUCCUUCCACUGACUGCUAUCCCAGUAAGACUACUCUAGGGUCUCUGUUUUGUCCUCUGAGAGCCAGCUUUCUCCCCGACUACCUGUUCGGCCUCCGUAGUCCCACAGAGAAUCUGAGUCUCUGGCUCCCCACAGCUAUACACAUAGGUGGGUGCCCAUUACAUGUUUGAUGGAGUAAGAGAGGGGCUGUCUGGUGGGGGACUAGGGCCUUUGCUCCCAUCUGCCCCUUGCCAUUCUCUGUUCACCUGUGGCACCCUUGUCCCUAGUUCUCUGGGCUGCAGGCUGAGACUCCAUAGCAUGUCUCUCCUGCCAUGGUGAGGGUAAGACCCCAGAGCCCUGGCCCAGGGAGCCCAAAAGGCAGCUUAGCCCCUUAGUACCCUUCUCUGCUCCACCCCUGCCUCUGUGCCCAGCUUGCUGCCUGUGCCAGUUGCUUCAGUGUUUGACUCUAGCAUUUACGUGUAUGCCCCUGCACCAAACCCUCCUAUCUCAUAUCCCCUUGACCCCCAAACCCCUCUACAUACAGUGACUUCUGGGAGGAAGAGGGAGCAGGAGCUGUUGGCCUUGGUUUGCACAGAGUGGUAGGACUUUGGGGAAAGGGGGUGAGCUGUUGUGCUGCUGGGGUCUCCCCUUUGGCCCUCCCUUCAGGCCCUGCACUAUGAUGUAUGAAAUGUAUGUACAGACCACAGAUGUUUAUACAGCCAAUAAAGAUGGAGUUUCCAUAUUUAUCAGCA